AAUAAUUUGCAACUAUUACGGGAAGAUUCUAUCAACUCGAUGCAUAAAUUUAGUGUAUUUAUUGUUGCGUGUCUGAUUGCUUUCGCAAUUGGAGAGAAAUAUACAACUAAAUAUGAUAACAUUGAUAUAGAUGAAAUAUUGAAAAGUGAAAGGCUGCUGAAAAAUUAUGUUGAUUGUCUGAUGGACAGAGGGAAUUGUACCCCUGAUGGCAAAGAGCUCAAAGAUAAACUUGCUGAUGCUAUGAAAUCCGAAUGCAGCAAAUGUAGUGAUAAGCAAAGAGAAGGGAGUAAGAAAGUUCUUCAGUUUUUAUUGAAGAAUAAGAGGGCUACUUUUGAUGAAAUAGAAUCCAAGUAUGAUCCAGAUGGGCUCUACCUGAAAAAAUACAAAGAUAAGUUAGCCGAAGAAGGAAUUGUCGUUUAAAAUUUUCUAAAGUUGCUCUACAUUAAUGAUUAUUGUGAAUAUUUAUCAACUUAUACAGGUAUGUGAUUCGUUGAAUUCUCUUGAACCAAAUAAAUAAUGUGAUGUUAGAAGUAAGAUUUUUCUUAACACUCACAGUGUACAGGCUACCGCACGAGACUCAAGAUAACAGUGUAGUAA